UGCAAUAACUCCCCCGGCAGAAUUGAGACGGAACAUUUAAUGACGGAACUAUUAGUUCCAUCCGGUGAACGUUUUCGCUGACGGACCAGAAAAUUACAUAUUUGUAAACAGAUUCAGUGAAUCUUCAUAUUGACCCCUUUUGUUGACAUCAUCACCCAAUGUGGAGGCGGAGCAUUCUUCUUUGUUACACACAUCCAUAUGUGGAUUCAUGUGAAAGCUCUUUCUCUCUCUCUCCCUCUCUCACACACACACACACACACACACACACACACACACACACACACACACACACACACACACACACACACACACACACACACACACACACACACACACACACACACAGCACCACAGUUCUUCAAGUGUGUGUGUGUAUCGGCCUGUGUAAGAAAAACAGUGCCACCCAAAACUGUGCCAUGAGAAUUUCUGGCAAAGGCCAGACCUACUCCUCUUACUGUGCCAAUCUCUAGCAUUAACUCAAUAGGAUCAUCCGCCUCUAGCUAGUUGAUUAACAGAGCUGUGUUAAAGAGGGAUUGUUGUCCUGGAAGGAGCUUCCUGCCCUCGAGUAACACCAUCCGCUCAGACUGCCUCCCUCUGGGGCUCAGACGGCAGAUGCUUUGCCUGCAAGUUCCAGAGCCACCGCGCCCCAUAGAGGACCACCCCACCCCAUAGAGGACCAUCCCGCCCCAUAGAGGACCACCCGCCUGCCCUAACAGCCUCUAGGAGGGACCCACCCCGGGAGCACCAUGGAAGGGCUGGAGGUGGAGGACAUUAGUCCUGCCCUGGAGGCCACUGAGGACUUCUUACACUGCCUGGAUGGGGGUGGAGGCCAAAGCCACUGCCAGGGUGGGGAUGGGUUCCGGCAGCCUAGGCAACACCACCCCAAGCUGCAGGAGAUGUCUGCAGCCCUGGGGAAGCUGAGCUCUAGCGGGGUGUGGGGCCUGCUGGCCAGGGAGCAGGGGACCGAGGUGUCCCCCCGUAACGUGGCCUGGGCUGACCAGCCCUCUGCCUUCAGCGUGCUGGCUCUGAGGCAGGGGAAAAGGAGUCGUGCUCGUUCCACCAACGACCUGGCUGCCCACACCAAGGACACCAACAACACCACCUCUAACUCCUCCAACACGGCCUUUAAGAAAGGCCACAACCGCUCACGUUCUGAUGUCAACUACCGGCCAUCCUACACAGACAACGCUAAUGGCCUGCCUGCUGUGGACAAGAACAUGCUGAAGAACAUUGCUCUCAACGACCAGAGAGAAGAAGCCCAUAAAGACAGCAGCAGCGGCAGUGUGGUGAAGCAGGGCUCCCUGGAGCAUCGUGAGGGUCAGAAGGGUCGUUGGAGCAUCUGCCACCUAGAGCUGACCCCCUGUGAGCUGCGUCUCUACAGCCUGGACAGCAGUGGUAACCGCCAGCUCUGCACCGCCUACUCCCUGUCCCACUGCCAGGGGGUUAGCCAGCCCCAGCCACCACAGGACGGACGAGUCCUCCAGGCCCUCUUCUUCAACAGCUCCACCCGCCUGCAGUUACGUGCCGCCUGCCAGUGGGAGGCGCUAGACUGGAGGAGGCAGAUCUGGGAGAGAGUAUUGGCUGCCCGGCCCGCCCACAAACAGGCAGAGCCGCCUCCAGUCUUAUCCCCGUCGUCAUCCAUCUCCUCUGGAGGUCUCGACACCAGACCAGACCCCAUUGGUCCUGCUGAGGCUGCCCUGACCCCUCAUACCUCGCAUCUCCCCCCAGCCCGGCCCACGGCUCUGCCCCUGUUCACCAAGCGCUGUGCUGAUGUCCUUAAGGUGGGUCUGCUCCACCAGCAGACUGACCUCAACAACUGGAGGGCUUUCACCUUUGUGCUGAGUCGUUCCACGCUGCAGGCCUUCCCAACCGAGGGCCGGGGGCCCGUGUCCGAGCCUGUCCUCCGCUACCCGCUGGCCUCCUGCCUGGCCGUGCAGAGGGACGAGGGGGCCAGCGCCGCCCGUUUCCAGGCAGUCUUCCCCAGAGAGGUGCUCCGUCUGCGGGCUGAGAGCCAACUCAAGGCCCAGGACUGGGUGGAGGCCCUGCGGACGGCCGUGGCGGCCCAGAGGCCCCAGGGGGAGGAGGGUCAGGGCUCCAGCCAGGCCCAGCCAGGUGCAGUGUCGAUGGGGACGGGGGUGCUGCUGAGGACCAAGCCCUCCAGGGAGAGGAGGCAGAGGGAUGCCCAGAGGGCCAAGAGACAGUCAGUCACCACCAGCUUCCUCAGUAUCCUCACCUGCCUGGCUGUGGAGAAGGGCCUGACCACCCAGAGCUUCAGGUGUGCAGGGUGUCAGAAGCCAGUAGGGUUGUCGCGGGGCAAGGCCAAGGUGUGUUGCUACAGUGGCUGGUACUACUGCCAGAGCUGUCACCAAGACAACCUGUUCCUCAUCCCUGCCCGCCUGCUGCACAACUGGGACACCAACAGACACAAGGUGUCCAAGCAGGCCAAGGAGUUCCUGGAGUUUGUGUAUGAGGAACCCCUGCUGGACGUGCAGCAGCUGAACCCGUGUCUGUAUGAACACUGUGAGGGCCUGGCUGCAGUACUGCGCCUGAGACAGCAGCUCCAGUCCCUCAGAGCAUACCUGUUCAGCUGCCGCGCUGCCGUGGCUGAGGAUCUUCGUAGAAGGAUCUUCCCCAGAGAAUACCUACUGCAACACAUCCACCUGUACUCACUGGCUGACCUGCAGCAGGUGAUUGAUGGGAAGCUGGCCCCCUUUCUCUCCAAGGUGAUUAAGUUUGCCAGUUCCCACGUCUUCAGCUGCAGCCAGUGCAGAGAGAAGGGCUUCAUCUGUGAGAUGUGUCAGAACGGACAGGUCAUCUAUCCCUUCCAGGAGAGCGCCACUAAGAGAUGUGAUGGUUGUGGAGCGGUGUUCCAUACAGAGUGUCAUCAGAAGGCCCAGCCGUGUCCACGCUGCGUACACAGAGAGCUCCACCAUAAGAGAGCCUCGUCUUUCUGGAGCCCUGACGACGAUACACCAGGCUGCGUCACACUGCCUUACCAGUACACCUGAUCACAAAUACCCAACACCCGGAGAUCACACGCAGACACACACACACACACACACACACACACACACACACACACACACACACACACACACACACACACACACACACACACACAGAUUGAAACAGCGGUGCCACUCCACAGAGCUACUCUCACCAAAGUCAAUGGAAGCAUGUGUGUUUGUGUGUGUGAGCCGGCCAGGAUACACAGUGAGAGUGUUGAUGACUAAGAAAGGGUUAUGCUCUCUCACACACACCUGCUUUGUGAGCUACGCUGACGUCACUCUCACCUGGAAGAGAUGGAUCCCAACGCAACACCCACCGGAGAGGAACUGCUCUGCCUCUUAGCCUCUCUGCUAUGUUCUAUCUUCAUAGUGCUGCACACACACACAAACACAGAAACACACACACACACGCACACAAACACAGACAACGCAAAUAAAGGGAGAGGGACUAUGCUGACUCAACAGCAGUAAUGCGUACUCUUGACUUUCUGGACACAGUCGCACACACACACACACGCAUCUGGAAAUGUAUAUUUCCGACAUCAGUGACCAACCUACAAGCUGAAACUAAUAUGCUGUUGGUGUGAUGUCACUAUAGCCUAUAUCUAUAGCCUAUAUCUGGACUCUGUUGGUGUGAUGUCACUAUAGCCUAUAUCUGGACUCUGUUGGUGUGAUGUCGCAACUCGCUAUAUAUUUGGACUAUAUAUCUGAACUCUACAUGUCCCUACUUCACCACGCUGUCCCUCUGCCCUUCACUCUCUCUUUAUCCUCCCCUUCACAUGUUCUUGCACUAUUUAUGCAUGUUCAUUAGGAUGUCAAGCCACAGACUGGGUUAGUAGCCACUGUAUUUAAGGAUGAGUUUGCUUAUUUAACUCACCUAUUAGCUCUUAGAGCCCCUCUAACCAACCAACCUUUAUCCAGACAUAUUCAAUAAGAGGGUCCAAGUGGGGGACGCUUAUUAUGAUCAAGACACACUUGAAACCAGAAUGAGAUUGAGUCAUAAUAAUGUUCAAAUCGCAUAUCAUCCUAUCAUGUAUACUUUUUCCUUGAGCGUGAUAGGGGCAACUACUCCCUACUGCUGUCCUAUGGGGCUAGAGGCUGGUGGAUGUAUUGACUGUCUCCAUUAUACUCAGUAGGAAAGGCUCCAUCAGGUCAGCUCUACAUCUCCAGGCCUCAGCCACAGAGGGCCCAAAUUACAGUCCAUGGAAAAGACCAUGCAGGGCUUAGUUAUGUAACGCAAGCCAUCUCAAACCCACAGGAGCAGGGACUCAUUCUACUGCUAUGACUCAGUGCUCUCACUCUAGGGCCAUAUAUAUAUAUAAGAGAGAGAGAGAGAUUUGGUGAGGGGUGUCUAUGACUCAGUGGUGUGACUGGUCUAAGCUCAAAGGACUGGCGGUGGAGGAUGAGAGCCCCAGUCUGUGUACUGUAUGUGUGAGAGCCCCAGUGUGUGUACUGUAGGUGUGAGAGCCCCGGUGUGUGUACUGUAUGUGUGAGAGCCCCAGUGUGUGUACUGUAUGUGUGAGAGCCCCAGUGUUUGUA